UAGACGCUGAUUACAAACAUGAGAGUUAUAAAAAGAAUGUUACGACACAUCAUCCGAGUCGUCGCGUCGCGUCGUGUAGUAAAAGCGAUUACAGCACAGUUUGUUUUGUAAUAAAUUUAGCUCAGUGCGGACGGUGACCCGCAAUAUGUCGGACGCGGAGCAGCUGGUGCGUGACCUGGUGCAGAAGAUCGCGGAGGAGCAAGGCUACGGGGACUGUCAUAUUGAACUCAAGUCUUUUACAACUGGAGGAGCCAACUACACCUCUCAACUGUUCCACAUCACAAUCACAGCACCGGACAAAGAUGACCUCAAACUUUUUGCCAAAAUCGCUUCUGUGGGAGAACAGAUAAGAAAACAGACACCCUUUAAGAUGUUCGAAACAGAAAUAUAUUUCUACACAGAACUUCUAAAGCACUACCAGGACUUGGAAGAGAAACAUAACGUCCCGAAGCAGCAUAGACUGGCCACUGUCAAAUUCUAUGGCUGCAAUAAAGAAUAUUUGAAUGAGAUUCUAGUUCUCGAAGAUCUAUCGUCUCUCGGCUUUGACAUUCACGAUAGAUUUAAGAGUUUUGACUGGGAGUACGCGGCGAGAUCUAUAGUGGAACUGGCAAAACUCCACGCGCUGUCCAUCGCGUUCAGCAAAGAAAAGCCGGAAGAGUACGACGUUUUAGCCAAAUUUUUGUCUUUUGAAUUGAAUUCAGAAGACUUCAAGCCAAUGAUGGAGAAUAUGGCGCGAUCGGCGUUGGCUGUGGUGAAAGAAGAGAACAGAUGGAGACUGGAGGCGCACCUCCAAAAGAUGAAGGAUUUGAAAUCCUCUCAUUAUUUCAGGCCGCUGAAUUGCCCCGUGGUCACACACGGCGACUUCAGACCUAGCAACCUGAUGCACAGAGUCCACGAGGAUGGUAGAUUGGAGCUAGUGCCCGUAGAUUACCAGAUGCUGAAGGUCUCCAACCCGGGCAUUGACCUCAUGUACUACAUAUUCGGGGGCUCCGACGAGGAUUUCCGCGACAAGCACUACCAUCAACUCUUAGACUAUUACCACGAACAGUUGUCAAACGCCCUCGUGAGGCUGGACAUAGAUCCUGUCAAAACCUACCCGAAAGAAGCCUUUGACUCAGAUAUCAAAGAGGUCGAACCUUACGGUAUCUUCGUGGGCAUGAUGAUGGUGCCUCUUCUGACCGUUGAUGCGGAAAACGCGCCAAGCAUGGAUGGCGGCGAUUUAUCAGACUUCCUCAUAAAACCGAACGGACUCGCAAUAUCCAGAUUAAAUGGAAUUAUAAAUAGUUUUAUUAAAUUAGGUGUAUUGUGAUUUGUAAAAUUUGAUAAGAGGACAACUGGUGAUGUUUUCUACGGUGCGAGAAAAAUUAUAUUAUUUGAAGAGAUUAAUUUUUAUAA